AUGGUGAGGCGUAUUUCUUCCAUUUCAUCCCGUUUCUUUUCUUUUCGGCUUUUUUCUUUUUCUUUCUCCUUUUUUUUUUUUUUGUUGGAUUUACGGUUUUUAUUUCCUUCUCUUUUUUUAUUUCCCCCCCCACAUUCUUUCAUCGCUUCUUCUUUUCUCAUUUGCCUUUACAUCGACAUUCUUUUUGGCUUUUUUUUCUUUCUUGUAUCUAUCUACCAUUCUAUCAUCUUAUCUACAUUUUUCUUUUUCCUUUUCUUCUCGCUCUUUUCACUUUUCCUUUCUUUUUCACACUUUUUCCCCUUGUUCAUUUUUUUCUUUUCUUCUUUUUUCUUCUCUUUUAAAAUUUUUCGCAUUCCUUUUCUCUCUUCCGUUCUUUUUCUCUUCUUUCAUCCUUUUCCUUUUUCUUCUCUUUUAACAUUUUUCUUUUUCUCUUUCUUUUUUCUCAUUCAACUUUCUUUUCCUCCUUUCUUAUUUCGAUAUUUGCUUCGUCUUUUCCUUUAG